AUGCGUCUAACAACGUUCUUGCUUACUUCUGCGCUGGUCAGUGCGCUCCCAUACGAUGCAGACCCCCCACCAAGCGAGCAAGUGCCGUUCGAACCGGUCGCUUCUCCUCGGCCGACGCCGCCGCCAGGUUCCCAGACAUACACCGACAUCGAGGUGGUUGAUAAGCCAUCGACACCCGAGAAGCGCGCGGCCAUGGCCAAGCUCCUCGACAAGUAUGCGCCCGUGUUCAAGCUUGCGUCGACGGAGCGAUACUAUCCCAGCUCGGUGCCGUUCAUGCUCGAGCACUACGAAUUCGUCCAGUGGGAGAAUGGGACGCAGUUUGAGCCAAACAAUAACGUGUUCACAGCGUCUCGCCUCAACAAGCUUCCUCACAAAGGCAGGCACCAGUACCUCUCUGUCACGCAGCCACAUAAUCCCCAGCCGCUCGUUGAUGGGCCUGAGAGCCACUUCCUCUACGGGCCGGCGGGUAUGCCUGGCGGAAUGGAGUUUGGCGACGACGGGCGAGGGCGCGUCCAUGACGAGGUGUACGGCUUCUGGGUCGACAACGGACGAGGCGUUGUGGACCUUUGGUAUUGGACGUACUACCCGUACAACCUCGGUAAGGAAGUCGGGUACUUGGGCUGGCUAGGGAACCACGUGUCAGACUGGGAACGUUUGCGCGUGAGGACGGUGAAUGGCACUGCAGAGUCGGCGGACUUUAAUACGCACUCGGGCGGGGCCUUCAGUGCAGGCACGUACCGCUGGUCCGAUCUGGAACGGUUCGGCGAACGGCCAAUUGCGUAUGUCGCAUCCGGGAGCCAUGGAGUGUGGCCCAAUCCCGGGAAACAUGUCUACGCGCAGCUCCUCAAUCUUUGGCAGCUCGUCGACAUGACGGACGACUAUGGUGCAAUCUGGGACACACAGGGGCACGUUGUGCCGAUCGAGUGGUGGACGGGGCCAGACCUCGCACACAGGAUCCGGCACACGGGCAACCACAGUUGGCUCGAGUUCGAGGGCAUGUUCGGCAACGCUGGCAGUUCCAACUGCUGGUGGCACUCGAUCGUUGGUGUCUGUCAGCUGGUGGGAGGGCCCAUCGGGCCAAACAGGUGGUUUGGCGACCCGCCCGAUUGCAUCAUCGGCAGGGCCGCGCCAGACCACUCGAAGUACUUGUUCUACCUAUCGCUCAACGUCACGAAGCAAGCACGAGCGAUGAACGUGUCGACAAUUCUCGUCGAGCAGAUCUGCGCGAGGCCCGAGGUGGCCUUGAACGGCGAGGCAGACUGGAACACGCUCCGCGCGGACCAGAUGAAGGUGUGGACGGUACCUGGUCGAGCGAUACCGUUCCGAGGCACUGCGCAGCAUCACGCGACUGCUGAACCGUGCGGCGGCGGGCGUAGCGCAGCCAAAGCCUACCGCCUAGCGCUGUACAACAAGGACGGGGAACGGGUGUCAACCUCGAACUUGCGCGUGUUGUGCAUGUAUGAGCCAGGGAAACGGGGUUGGGUGUUGAGCCCCGCGGUUGACGUCGAGGACGUCGACGAGUGGCGCUGGAUGCUGAUGGAGAAGCAGCCCGAGGAACCGCCGAGCCACACGCCGCCAAGCCCGACGAGUAACGGCCGCCGAGUAGGAUAUUAG